GGCGAGCGGGAAAGAGCUGCGGGGGCAGGAGGGACGCGGGCGGGUGCCCUCUUCUCCCGAGAAUCUUUGGGGAGGGAAGUUUUCUGCGGCGGGGAGGCAGGAAAGGGAGUGGAGGUCCUGGUAGGACAGAGGGAAAUAGCUGGCUUGGGAGGGAGGCGCUCCCUUCAGGAGGGGGCUUCUAGGCAGGGAGGUGUCGGCGUGCCCAGUCGGCUGGGGCGUGGGCUGCGAAGAAAUUGGAGGUCUCAUGGCAGCAGCAGUAGCUGCAGGCAGUAGCUCUGGGGGCCCGCUGAACCCUGUUGCCACCCUACACGAGGAAGCUGUCUGUGCCAUCUGCCUGGAUUAUUUCACAGACCCGGUGUCCAUUGGAUGUGGCCACAACUUUUGCCGUGUCUGCAUCACUCAGCUUUGGGGUUCGGGUGAAGAAGAAGGAGAUGACGUAGGAGCAUCUGGCUCAGAGGGGGGUGCUGAUGAUGGGGGGAUAGAUGACCUGGGACCUGAAGAAGAUGGGGAUUAUGACAACGAUCUGGAGGACAAUGAUUAUUUGGGUGAUGGGGAUAUGGGCGAUGAGGAGGAAGAUGAUGUAUCCAGGGAUGAGUAUGAUGAUGAAGAUGACGACGUAUGGGAUGAUGAGGACGACAGAGAGUACUGGGACCAGGAAAUGUGGGAUGAUGCUAUGGGGAGUGAUUUAUUUUUUGAUAAUUAUGAUGAUGAUGAGGAAGUAAUGGAUGAAGAGCCAGAGGAAAUGACAGAAUAUACUGUGCCGGCAACUCCACCUACUCCUCCACAACGUCAGUCUUUUACUUGCCCUCAAUGCCGCAAAACUUUUCCUCAUCGCAACUUCCGCCCCAAUCUUCAGCUGGCCAACAUGGUGCAGAUCAUCCGACAGAUGCACCCACAACCAUUGAAGCCUGUGAUAUCAUCAACUGAAGCAGUGGACUUGGCAGCAGCAGGGGAUUCCUCAGGGGCACCGUCUGCUUUAGCUGCAGGUCAGGCUCCAAGUGUUGAGCGAACCCUAUGUGAGAAACAUGAAGAGCCACUUAAGCUCUUUUGUGAGGCAGAUGAAGAGCCCAUCUGUGUAGUGUGCAGGGAGUCACGAGCCCAUAAACACCACAGUGUUAUGCCACUGGAAGAAGUUGUGCAAGAAUAUAAGGCUAAACUCCAGGGUCACUUGGAUCCACUGAAAAAGAAACUGGAGGCAGUUCUGAAGCAGAAGUCAAGUGAAGAGGAGAAGAUAGCAGAUCUCAAGAACAAGAUGAAAUUUGAUAUGAAAGAAUUUGAGUCAGACUUUGAGCGGCUGCAUCAAUUCCUGGUGGGAGAGCAAGCCAUGCUGCUUCACCAGCUGGAAGACCGCUAUGAGAUACUGCUGGCCAGCCAGAGUAGCAACAUCACCCACCUGGAGGAGCAAGGUGCUGCACUAAGCCGUCUUAUUGCAGAAGCAGAAGACAAGAGCAAGCAAGAUGGUUUGCAACUGCUCAAGGAUUUCAAAGGCACUUUAGUCAGGUGUGAGAAUCUUACAUUCCAAGAUCCAGAGAUGGUACCAGUGGAUGCAGGGAAGAAAUACCGGAACUACUUCCUUAUAGAUGUUUUAAUGAGGAAGAUGGAGAAAGUCUUCAGCAAAGCCCCUCAAGCUGAAUUGACUCUGGAUCCUGAAACAGCUCAUCCACGACUCACACUUUCCUCAGAUUGCCGCAGCGUCCGACUUGGGGAACGCUGGCGGGAUCUGCCAGAUAACCCCAAACGCUUCGACUCUGACUACUGUGUGUUGGCCUUGCAGGGCUUUACUUAUGGUCGCCACUACUGGGAAGUGGAGGUGGGUGGCCGGCGAGGGUGGGCUGUAGGGGCAGCCCGCGAAUCGGCCCGACGAAAAGAGAAAUCCAGCAGUGGUUCCCACCAGAAACGGGAGAUCUGGUGUGUAGGAACCAAUGGUAAGAAGUACCAGGCUUUGACUACCACUGAGCAGACAUCCCUCUCUCCAGCUGAGAAAUUACGGCGCUUUUGUGUCUACCUGGACUAUGAACGAGGCCAGCUAGGAUUCUACAAUGCUGAAAGCAUGGCUCAUAUUCACACCUUCAAUGCUUCAUUCCGCGAGCGCAUCUUCCCCUUUUUCCGCAUUCUUUCUAAGGGAACCCGCAUCAAAAUCUGCAAUUGAUGCCAUUGCGGCUGCUGCACAUACCUGAAUUUAUCCCUUGAGGCCUCUGCUUCAUCAUAGUCCUCCCAUCCCACCUAAUUAUGCCUGAUAAGAGUUUCUCACCACCCUUGGACUUUGGUGGAUUCCUUAUCUAGCUCUUAUUUUGGAUUCCUUUUGACAGGGAUUCUUCCCUUCUGUGAAUCCAGUUUUGCACAGUUCUACUUCUCUGGUGCUUGACCAGGUCAUGGAUCGGAUUUUAUUUCUCUUAUGGCCCAGAUCCAUCUUAGCAAAAAAAUUGUGCUCUCUCUCCUUAUACCUUUGGGGGAUAAUCACAUGUCAGCCAAUUAUACUUUUCUCGUCUUUAGAUAUUGGAGUCCUUGAUCUUUAAUAUCUCAGAAGAGAAAUUAGACCUUAUUGAGCAUGCAGUCUUUCAGUUGUAAGGUUGGUGGGAUCUGCCAUGGCUUCUGGGCUUGGGCUUUGCAAUCCAAGACUUGUUCUUCACUUCCCUGAAGACACCUAAAUCUACCUAGUCAGGCAUUCAAGACAACAAAAUUUAGGCCUGUGUGUGGUAACUUUUUUAUUCUUUUUUGAAUUUUGCUGGUCAAGAGAUGACUGUUCCACUAUGUUCUUGGGGUCGGAUGUAAGUCCAUGCUUUAAGUACGGAUGAGGAAUAUGUGGCCCUCCAUGUGUUACUGAAGACAGCUUCCAAGAACCCCAGCAAUCACAGCCUAUGUUGUGGGAUACAGGAGUUGUGGUUCAGCAACAUCUGGAAAACGAUUAGCCCCAGUUUCUGUAUUGCUAUCACCAGAUCCCAGAUUCCUGCAGCCCUCACAAUAGCCCUUCAUUUUAAAGUAAUGAUACAGAAAUAUUUUGGCAGGUUCCCAAUGCUAUGAUUUCUUCUUUAAUUGCUCCAAUGCCUGUAUUCUGAAUUCCUGUUUUUUUGCAAUUUACUAAUAUCCAAUUUAAAAAAAUAUAGAAUUGCAAGUUCUGUCCCACUGCUUUACACUGGUUCCAUGUGAUGUCCCAGUUGAAAUGUCUCCUAAUCUUUGAUGUUAUUCCCAUCUCUUCUGCCAUUUAUCUAUUCUAAAACGUGAUAUGCUGGCCAUUUGGAGCAAUGACAGUACCACGUGCUGUUGAGCUGUUCAAUGUCAGUGUAGAGUCAUGAUUGUAGAUGUGUGUGCUAUCCCACCAGAUGCUAAGAUUUCAUUAUUACUGUCUUACUCAUUCCCUCUUUCUGUCUUCCCACCAUCUGCUUUAAAUAACUUAUUUUAGUCACUCACUAGUUUUAGCCUUCACUGUGGAGUCUUCUUGAACCUCUGGAGGCUUUAGCUAUUCCAGCUAUAUGUGGUUUUUAAAAUUCUUUUUGGCUUGACAGAGCUGCUUCUGAACUAUUUUUCGCUAAAAAAAAUUAAAAGGAGGUCUAGUUUUUUGGGGAAAAAGUUGAGAGAUAAAUAAAGUAAUAAAUGACAUGUUAAAUGCUUUGCUGUUAUGGUUUAUUUGAAUGUUGAAAAACAAGAUUCUUUGAAAUACUUGUUUAUUUAAUGACAAAAAUGGUUUAGUUGCUUUUUAACAAUAUGGAGAAUUAGAAUAUUCUUCUGGAAGGACUACACAAUCCAGUGCUUUUAGUUAAAACCAAGCCUAAGGUCUAGAGUAGAAUGCUGUGAAAGUGAAUCUUGUUAAUAAUCCUACUGGGUAGUGCUGAGUCCCAGCAACAAGUCUGAUUGUUCACUUGCUGGGCAGAUCCCAGACAAGGACAAGUCAUUUUCAACUGCAGUGAGUAAAACAUCUCUUUAAUGAAAACCAUAAAAUGUUUUGAUAUGCUGGACAGUAUAUUAAGUUCUAAACUCAUACUCUACGGUUGCAAAUUAUUCACAUUACCAUUAGAUGCUUUAAAAAAAAAACAAUUGGGACAUGGAUUUACCAUGAAGGUCCUUUUCUGUAUUGUAACGGAGAGAGCAGCCAACAGUGCGUUCUUCCUCCCACUUGCUUCUAUGCGGAAAGAGGACCCACCUUCCCAGUUUCAUAUAAGUGCAGAGAACUCAGUAAGUGAAAAGAAAAAAGAAUCAGAAGCCAAACCAUAACAAAGGCAAUAAGACAAAGCAUGUAAAGUGCUAAUGUCCUUUGUUGGCUGCAUUGCAGUUAAUUCCAAUACUCUGUUUUCCAAUGGUGGUAGAGAGAAUCCUCCUAAAGCUGUUCUAACUGGAGGAAAAUACAGUGCUGAAAAAUUAUGGCUUGACAAUCUAUUGAAGGGCCCACCUGCAGAAAGUUGGAUGCAGAAAGGCCUCACAAAAAGUAAGAUCCAAGAGUUAGUCCAGCCAAAGCAGCAAGACUGAAGCUUAGAAAAGAUCCAAGAGCUAGUCCAGCCAAAGCAACGAGACUGAAGCUUAGCAAAAUGCAUUCCCAGAUCUACUUAGAUGACUCCCACCAGAAGUUUUGCAAUCUACAGUAGUUGGCUGGGGAUCAGUGAGAGAGAAUGGGGCAGCCUCUAUUUGUCAGUUCUAGCUAAGAACAUCUUAGUGGUUUUGUUUAUGUCUCGCUUGUGUUACUUUUUCUAACGGAGGUUUGCAGUACACUUAGGACAAAAGGGGGGUAAAACCAGUACAGCCAUGUACAUAAACCAGCCAUGAGCCAUAAAGGCUAAAAAUGGGUGGAACCAAGCAGGGGUCCCAGACAGGGAAGCAACGCACUGGAGGUGGUUUUGGGAAUCAUCACGCAGAAGCCUUUUUACGUGUGGAUGGGAGGUAACAUCGCGCUAUAUGCAAAGCCCUGAUUCUUGUUAACUAUGAAGAUUGGGAGAUUGGGAAUUAUCCUCCCUUUAAGUAUUGAGACCAGCGUAUCUGGAAAAUUUCAGCAGUUGCUCCUAGGCUGCCUGCAUAGACUUUGCUUCACAGAUUUCAGUGGAAGUGUUCCCUCUGCGUGUAUAGAGACCACCUCAGGAAGCCCUUGAAGCAGCCUUUAAGAGGAUGUGCUGCCUCAGCAGCCCUUCUAGAGGGGUAUUUUGUCCAGCUUGCAAAAUUGAAAAUGAAUACUUUAUUUCAUGAUAGUGUGUGUCCUCUUUUAAGAACCAGGGCCUGGCUCUCCCUCAGAAUGGAUCAGAGCUGCUCCUGGAUUCCUCUCUCACAUUCACACACCCACACACACCCACCCAAGUCCCACACUCUUGUCUGGGACUAGUAAACUUGCACGCUACUCUCAUGGGAGUGCACUGCAUCGGGGCGGACACCAGACAGCACCACGGUGAGCAGCCAACAUUCCAGUUCCCAUUUUUCCUUAGAGAAACCGCCUGCACGGGAAGAGUCUACAAGCCUGGCUCCAGGGCAGCAAGGACCGACUGCUUAGUUCAUUUGGGCUCCAUCCCACGGUUGCAGCCAGGGUCUCUGAUGGCAGCUACAGAAUAUGAUGGGGAAAGGAAGGAAAUCCCAUACCAAAUGAUCUCUGCAUCCUCUCCAGCUACUAUGAAGGUAGACUCCUUCUAGCCAAGCCUGAUUAUUGAUGCCUUUAGUCAGUUGCAGAAUUGUCGUGUUAAUACACAAGAUUUGCUGUGGCUGCCUUCUGCAAUGUUUUUUCAACUUCCCAUUCUAGCCUACCACCUUGUACCAUUCUGGUACUUACCAGGUCCAGCCCAAAUUAGCUUUCUGAGAUCACCCAAGGUUAACUAGGUUUCACCUAACUGGGUCUCAGCUACUGUGGGGAGAAGUGAGGAAAGCUUGGAGCCCUGAGCAAUGUCUGCUCUAAGAGCAAAGCUUCUCCUCUUUCAGCAGAAGACUUUAGUUGUGUUUAGCAGAGCAGGCAGGAGUAGCAGUUAUUGUAGGAGGCCCUCCUCUGCUCAGUGAAAUAAAACACCUUGGAGAGAAAAUGCAUCUAAGCCAGUGUUUCUCAACCUUGGCAGCUGUAAGAUGAGUGGACUUGAACUCCCAGAAUU